AUGAGUACAAGUCUUGUUGCUCAUGACCUACCACAUUCAACUCGAUCAGCAAUCUCCAAUCUAGAAACCUUACGACAAGAACAUAACCUAUUACUUUCAUCGCCUAGCGAUGAAGAUAAACGUCUGCAACUUCAACAAUCACUUGAAUCAAUUGAUUUGGGUAUUGGUGAAGCCGUUGUUUUGUUGCAACUUGAAAAUCAUUUGAAUGAAGUCGAUAGUGAAACAUAUAAAUUAAUGCUACAAGUACAACGAUUAACACAGGAAAAUAGUUGGUUACGCAAUGAAUUAUCUGUAACUGAAAAACAUUUACAGACGAGUACACAAAUGAAACAAGAGUAUGAACAAGAUAUUCGUGUAUUAAAUGAAUCCUUAGCAUCAACGACAACAAAUGAACCAUUUAAUUUAACUAAUACAAUUGAUAUCGAAAAAGAAAUGCCAUUAGAAACAAAAGAAACACCUGAAAUAAAUCCUGAUACAAAAAAUCAUUCCGAAGUUCCAGCACGAUUUCGUACAUUACAUAAUCUUGUUAUACAAUAUGCUCAAGCAGGUCGAUACGAAGUAGCCGUGCCAUUAUGUCGACAGGCACUUGAAGAUCUUGAAAAAACACAUGGCCAUACACAUCCAGAUGUGGCAACAAUGCUUAAUAUACUUGCAUUAGUUUAUCGUGAUCAAAAUAAAUUUAAGGAAGCAUUACAGUUGUUAACUGAAGCAUUAACAAUACGAGAGAAAACACUCGGCCUUGAGCAUCCUGCAGUAGCUGCAACUUUAAAUAAUCUAGCUGUACUUUAUGGAAAAAAGAAUCGAUAUAAAGAAGCAGAACCAUUAUGUAAACGUGCGUUAGAAAUUCGAGAAAAAUGUUUUGGUGUAGAUCAUCCUGAUGUUGGAAAACAAUUAAAUAAUUUAGCAUUAUUAUGUCUUAAUCAAGGUAAAUAUGAUAAAGUUGAAGAAUGUUACAAACGUGCUAUUGAUAUAUAUACAAAACAUUACGGGAAGAAUGAUCCAAAUGUUGCGAAAACAAAAAAUAAUCUUGCAUCAGCAUAUUUACGUGAAGGAAAAUAUAAAUUAGCUGCUCAAUUAUAUCAAGAAGUCUUAUCAAAUGAACAAUGUCAAAAUGCAACAAAUAAUUUAAAUACUACAACAGAGACUAUUCGAGAUGGUUCAACAGUAAUGACAACAUUAAAAAAUCUCGGAGCACUUUGCCGUCGACAAGGUUUAUAUGAACAAGCUGAUUACAUCGAAUCAUGUGCAACAAAAUCAGCUCAAGAUCCAGAAGCUAUUGAUCGUGCAUUGACUAUUAUUCGACAACUACGAAUCUAUGAUGAUACAAAUCAAGGAACAAUGCGUCGUGCUCAACAACAACCACCACCGCAAGAAUAUGGACGAUUACGUCGUAGUGGUUCAUUUCAAAAAUUACGACAAAGUAUUCGACGUGGAUCAGAAAAACUUGUACAAAAACUUCGUGGAACAUCAACAACAGGAUGGAAUAUUCAAACAUUUAAUUCUUCACAAUAUCCACAACAACAACAGCAAUCACAACAAUAUGAUAAUAAUUAUGCACCAAUGAAACGUGCAUCAUCAUUAUCAGUUUUAAAUAAUGUUCCAUUACAACAACAACAAACUAAUAGACCAUCAACAGGAACUAAUAUAAUGGAACAAAAAAAUAAUUUUCAAUUUAAACAACAAUAUCCAUCAACAUUUCGUGGUCGAUUGACCAGUGCUGAAAAUCUUCAUUAA